AUGGCCAAGCUUACCCUACAGACUAAGCAUCGACUGCAGUCGGGACAUGAGAUCCCCGUCAUCGGAUAUGGGGUGUACAUGAUUCCCUCAUCCGCGACCGAGAAGGCCACCCUUGAAGCCCUGAACGCUGGAUUCCGCCAUGUACGUCGACUCAGCAAUAAUGUACCGCAACGAGAAACCAUGCGGAAAAGCCAUCUCCCAAUCCUCAUUAGAUCGCUCCCAGAUCUUCUUCACGACGAAGAUCCCCCCGGAUCAAUGGGCUACGAAGCAACCAAACGAGCCAUCAAUUCGAGUCUACGCGAAGCCUCGCAAGAAUACUUCGACCUCAUCCUCAUCCACGCCCCCUACGGCGGCAAAGAAGCCCGUCUAGGCUCCUGGGAUGCAUUAGUCGAAGCCCAAAAAGCCGGACAGACAAAAGCAAUCGGCGUAUCAAACUAUGGAAUCCACCACCUCGAAGAACUGGAGUCUUACAUCCAAUCCGGCGGCGGCGGCCAAAUAGACGUCGGUCAGUACGAGCUGCACCCGUGGCUAGACCACUCCGAUAUCGUGGAGUGGUUACAGAAGCGGAAUAUUAUUGUCGAGGCGUACUCGCCACUUGCGCAUGGGAGUCGCCUGCGUGAGCCGGUUUUGGUCUCUAUUGGGAAGAAGUAUGGGAAGACACCGGCGCAGGUGAUGAUAAGGUGGAGUUUGCAGAUGGGAUUUGUCCCGUUGCCUAAGUCUGUCACGCCUCAGCGCAUUCGGGAAAAUGUUGAGGUGUUUGACUUUGAGUUGGACGAGGAGGAUAUGAAGUUGUUGCAGACUGGAGAGUAUUCGCCCACGGAUUGGGAUCCGACUGUUGAUUCGGAUUGA